AUGUUAAACUUAAAAUAACUUUUAAUUGCACUACAUCACAUCACAAUAAUACUUUAAUUUAAUCGAUUGAAAUAUUCAAUCUAAGAGAUUUUACUACACGACAGCUUCUACUCUUAUAAAUUAGUAAAUGAUUAUUCUGCUCAAUCUAUUAAAAUGGUUUACUAAUCUACUGAAAUAUCCUUGAUUUUUUAUAUGAUUUUCACAGCCUCCUACACCAUCUAAUUAAUAGUAUUGUUUUUCAGAAGUAAUAAAAACUUAAAUCGAUACAUAUAUUAUCACAUUUAUUUAUUAAUACUCCUUUAUACUGUCGGCUAAUUAGUAUAAAUUUAUUAUUACAAUUUUCAAGAAGAAUUAACUAAAUUAACAUCUUAUUAAAAUUAAGAGAAUAAAUAAGAUAUCUAUAAAAGAUUUACAAAAAGAAGGUCAACUUGCUUAAACUAUUUGGAUACUAUAUUUUAUGUAUACUGUUAUAAUAAUUGUGAUCUUGAAAAUUUCUUAUUUGUAUUUUGGAUUGCACUAAUAUGCUAAGUUUAUGCAAAUCGAAUUAUGAUAUUUAUAUUUUUAUUUUAAAUGAUUAUAAAUGAUUAAAAAGCAAGUAUUAAAAAAUACAAAAAAUCAAUAUUUAUUUUGAUGUUUAUAAAGAGAGCAGGCAAAUAAAGAAUGUUAAUUAUAUUCUUGGAGUCAAGCUUAAUUCAAUGA